GUCCAAUAGUCAAAGUUUAGCAUACUAGGAUUCGUAGGCGGGCUUCUUGAAGGUGGGGGAGGGUCACGUGACGUGUGUACACAUUGUAGAGUUCAGCACCACUCGAUUUGUAGUAAGAUCAUCAGCGUCCUUCAGUUUCCAGAGCAAGCUUUGACGGACCAGAGACGAAUAUACCAUAUGCGACUGUGUUUACGCCGCAGUUCGGCGCCUUAAUAGAUCACCUUUUUAGUUGUUUUAUUUUAUACGAAGUCCGGGUGGUCUAACUGGUGAUUUGGGAGCUUUGGUCAAAGUAUUAGAGGAGAAAUGUCAAUGGAAAUACAGCAAAACCCGAUGCCUCCGUAGAGCUGUCUCACUGCCAAGAACUGGUCCUCUGCUGAUACAGAAAGACAGAGUGGUAACUUUCGGAAAUCUAGCAAUGUGGAGCUGCAUGGUUUACAAUGAGACAGACGACAACAUGGACCUCUGGCUCUGCCAGGACUUUGGACUCAUUCUGUCUGUCUUCUCUCUGGUUUACCUCAUUGUCUGCUUUCCAGUUGGGCUCUGCUACAAUGCCCUGCUGGUGGUGGUCAACCUUUCCAACAAGGUUACCAUGACAAUGCCUGACGUCUACUUUGUGAACAUCGCCAUCGCUGGCCUGGUGCUUAACCUGGUGGCUCCGGUGGAGCUGUUGGGUCCCAGCUUUACACGCUGGCCCAUGUGGGAGUACAACAAUGAGAUCUACAUCACCCUCCUCAUCCUCUUCAACAUCUCCUCUCUGGUCAUCAUGUACUCCACCACCUUGCUCAGUCUGGACUAUUACAUCGAGCGGGCUCUUCCGCGCACUUACAUGUCCAGCGUUUACAACACCAAGCACGUUUGCGGCUUCAUCUGGGGUGGCGCCGUCCUCACUAGCUUCUCUUCGCUGCUCUUCUACGUGUGCAACCACGUCUCCACCAAGAUCAUCGAGUGCUCCAAGAUGCAGAAUAAGGAGGCUGCUGACGCCAUCAUGAUGUUCAUCGGGUACGUGGUCCCAGCAGUGGCCGUACUUUACGCGUUUGUGCUGAUCCUACGCAUCAGGAAGGAGUCCACCCCUUUGGACCAGGACUCUGGGAGGCUAGAUCCCUCCAUUCAUCGACUUCUCCUGGCCUCUGUUUGCGUGCAAUUCUUGCUCUGGACUCCAUAUUACAUGACCUUACUGGUGCACACGGUAGCCGGAGCUCCUGGGAGUCAUUCCAACCGGCAGCACGUCACUAUGUACUUCUUCCUGAGAUGUUUAUCCGAGUUACUCGCAUUCUGCAGUAGCUUCGCCAUUCCACUUAUGUACAGGCAAAUGAACAAGAACUUCUCCCAUAAACUCCAGCGGCUUCUAAAGAGGCUGCACUGCAGGGACCAGUCGUGUCCUCACGAACGCUCAGCAGUACAGCAGGUGGACACAUGAGAGCUUCUGUCCAGUCAGACCUGCAUCUCCUUCACUGGCACUUCUACAAAAGCCACAGAAGUCAAGCAAGCGCAUGAACCUGGAUAUAUUGUGUGCUAAAAGGAAGUAUUCUGUUCACCACAAGAAGUGGAAUGUGUGUCUGUGAAAUUGCGGAACCUCUGUAACUCUUAACGACAGAACUUUAUUUGUCCAUCUCUGUGGUGAAUGGGCGACCAAGAAGAAACCACUAAGUGCUGUUUUUGUGUAAGCUACGUCUAUUCUCUGGAACUGGUUUCUCAGGCUUGGGGAAAAUCUCAACCCAUCUAAUGACCCUUUCAGGAGAUGGGGAAAAGUGAACUUGUGUAAUAUGUGUAAUCUGUUACAGGAUAUGCGGCAUAGCCUUCUAAUGUGAUGCUUUUAGACCAACCUGUUUCCAUUUAGCUCAAGGCCACAUCUUGCCCCAGGCUCUCUGUGUUGUGAUCCAUGUCACCAUAAGCUCUUCAGUCUGGAUUGAGUUUUCUGGUCUCACUUUCCAUAAAACCUCACUGGGUAGACUGUAGAUGCUAGUUAACACAAUACAAUUACCUCAAUUUCACACACCAGUGGGCAUUACAUUGGAACGGUCUAACCAACAUUUACAGCACCCAGAAAUAACUCAAUGAGGCUGAUAUCAGGGAGCGGGAAAGAUCUCUCUGUGUGUGUGUGUGUGUGUGUGUGUGUGUGUGUGUGUGUGUGUGUGUCCUUGAGAGCUUGCUGCUAAGGUGAUAUGCAACAUAACUGCACAGCUGCUCAGCCAUAUUAUUCCCAACAAAAAUAAAUAGAAUUUAUUUUAUAGCUUAUUGAGAAAAGGCUAUAUAAAUGAUCCACUAGACAAUGGAUCACAGUUUUUAGGUCAGCUAGUUAGAGAUUUAAUUGACUUUAUUUAAUACGUUUUCAAUCAUUAGUCUAUUACUACUGUAAUUAUUAUCUGUGCACCAUGAGAAAAUGGUCAGUUAUUCAAAUGUUUGAGACAUGAAUUCAGAUAAUGACUGUGUCCAGUCAAACAUUAUUUGAAAAAUGAUCAAAGUUCUUCUGAUACAGUCAAACAUAUUUUAAAGCAAGCCAGAGAUUCAGUUAGAUUUACACUAACAGUUGCUCAAACUUGUACUGAAACAUACAUUUAAUGAUUUCUGCAUGUAUUGAACAACAUAUUGCCAUUUCAACAGCUGAAAUCACAUUUUGGAUAACAUUUUCUCUGUUGUGCACAUUCAAAAGAAAUACCUUUAUUGAGAUUAGCUUGCAUGAUUUAUUUCAUUGUAUGCAUAUAUAGGAGAUAUGCAUAUAUGCUCUCAAACUGGGAGGGGGGGGAGAAAUCAUAGACAUUUCCAAAAAAAAAAAAAAAAAAAAUCAGAACAUUUCCAAAAAAAAAAAAAUUGUAAACAUUUAAAAAUAAAAAUUAUAUAUAUAUAUAUAUAUAUAUAUAUGAGGGAUAGCACAGAUUAAGGUGGUAAAAUGGUAUGUUAUUAUCGAAAAUGUCCUUACUCUUAUUUUCUAGGUGUUGAGCCAGUGGGUGCAGAAUUAGUAUAUUUUGGAGAGAAAUCGCUUUAUGUGAAUGGAAGAGUUCAAAGUAUCAUUUCAAUUCACUUAUGUAAGCAAGGGAAAGAAUGUGUUCAAUGUCAUGAAGGGGAUUAAAAACGGUGAACCCUCAAUCAUAAAACAUGAAAACACCAAUUGCAAUGUUGUUAGCGUGGUAAUGCCAGUAUGUACAGUAUAAUAUUAAGAAUGUGUAAACAUUGUACAUCAGAGAUUUACUGGAAAAAAUCAGACAUGCCAUUUUAGAUUACAGUAUUAUUUUUUUCAGAGAUUUAUUUAGAUACUAAAGUGUCAGUCAUCCUCUGUCCCAUACUGAGUCAAAGACUUGUUCAAUAAACUAACAUAUAAAUAUAAUUCCACUUGUCUUUUCAUU